AUGGUAUGUGAAGUGCCUUUGAUAAAAGUAGUUAAACUUCGUGUUGAAACGCCUUUUUGUGUAUUUUCCACGCUUUAAUCCUCGACACCAACCGUAUAUUCAGAGUCUACUUUGUUAUACUGUUUUAAAAAUGUCGGUUAACGUUAGUAAAAUGAACCGUUAAUGACGUCAGAAACGUUGUGAUUGACAGGACGAUCGAUACGAUAACCUGGAUUUGGAUCUGGAGUGUGAAGGAGGAGGCGUAGCUGUGAGUAUAACGUUUAUAUCAACGAGUUUACACUCACUUUCCGGUGUAUAUCUUUAGGUUUUGAGUUAACUAGUUUACUUUAAUUCAAGAUAAAGUCAGGUAACAACUAUUAGUCAGCUCUCUUUAUUUAAAUCUGUUUGAAACUGUCAACUCAUUCCAGAGGUGUGUCAGCAGAGUCAUGGACUGUGUUUACACCAACAGAAAGAAAUUGAUAUUAAACACUGACCAUGUGGGAUUAGGAAAAAAAUCAUCAUUACACCCUCACUGUACAGUUGACAGAGCUCAAACACACAUGGUAACUUCAGGACAAAUCAACCCCCCUUCAGACCAGAUUGAAAAGACAGUGAAAAGACAGGAGAGGGAUAAACAGCAUCAAAUAAAUGUUGUGUUCAAACUUUCAAUAUCUCUUCAGAAAGAAGCACUUCGUUUGCUUUUUGUCUCUUAAUAUGUCUGCCAUCUUGUUCCUGGUGUUUCUAUGAGGACAGUUAAUUAAAAGCAUCCUUGCAGUCUGAUGUAAAAAUCAGUCCUUAGGCACAACACAAUGAAGGCUAAAUUUAUUUCAGGCAUACAUGGGAUAGCUUAUAGAGAUUGACAAAUAUUGAUUGAUCCUUUCACUGCGCAUCAAUCAUGCUUAACUGACCAUUCAAUCGAUAGCUUAUUAUAGCUGUAAACACCAUUAAAAGCCCUUUACAAAUUCAGUUUUCUGCAAUAUGUCUUCAUGUUCCUGUCCAAAGCCAUAACACUGAAAAGUGUGUCAAUGUUAAAACACCAAAAACUUCCCUGUCUUAUGUGUUUACAUAGUGAGGGGAAAGACAACACACACGGCUACUCCGUUUGUUGACUUCUUCAAUGACAGAGUCGUAUAUACUUAACUCUUAUUUUGUUGGACCUUUCCUGGAAAACUGCAAAAAAUGGCUCUGGAAAGGGGAGUUAUCAGGCUGCUAUUUGAUUGAAUUCCAUUUAACAAGUUCAUAUCAGGUUUUUUGAGUGUUUACAUGUCUAGUACCUGUUGAGUAAUAAUCGGGUUUUAACAGGAUGCUUUCUAUGAAUUUAUCUUUCCUCAUGCUGUCAUUAUAACAUCACAUGUUAUGCUGAAACACUUCACGUCAAUUAUCCCAGCUUAUUUCUUCACAGUUAGCCGUUUUUUUACUGAACAAAAUUUGUGGUUAACUCAUUCCUUAUAGAUUAUUGGUAAUUUAAUGCCAUCAUGUCUCUGAUUGUGUGGCUCCAUAAAAAGCAAAUGAGUGAAACGUUCAGAUCCCUGAGCGAGAGACACAACUAUCACUUUAAUUUUGCCAUCAAUAACUUUUCAAGUCCAGACAUGAAGGCAGCAUCAGGUCCAGACAUGAAUUCUGAUCACAGAGAUGGACUGUGAAAUCCAUAAACUCGUUAAUAAAUGUUGCAUAAUUUUCAGAUAUUUUCCUGGUUCAGUCUCUAUAUGGAGGCAGAUUAAUGCUGCCUACUCACAGGCCCUGACAGUGAAUGUAACUCAACUGAUGCCAGUCCAGUAUAUCAGAACUGAAACAACAGUAGAGAUUAGAUUUUUGCUGUAAUCAGAUGCUCAUUUUCUCUUUAUAUCUUGUUUCUUGUGCAGCAAAAAGCAGCUUUAUUUGGCGGGAUGUUCAAGAGAUCAUCAAAAAUCAUAGAGCCAUCAGCUCCAGCACAGGUGAAGAUGUCGUAUAAAAACCUCCUUUAAGUCAAAUUUAGAGCUUAACUCAACUUGGUUUUGCUUUUUCUCACGUACUGUUGGCUCUUUGUUGACUUUCCAGGACAGUUUAUCAGCCAGCGGUGAACUCUCAAAGAGCAGAGACAGUCUGACUGAUGGCAGCACCAAGGUGAUGAUCAGGAGUUAUUUCUGCUAGCUUGUUUAUGUGUGUGUUGUGUUUUGUCAAAUCUAUUCCACUAUAACUUAUACAUUUUUUUGUUGACAUUUUUAGGAGAAAGGCAAUGUGUUCAAAGACAUGUUCAAGAAGACAACCAAAGCUAACAAAGAGGUGUGUGGAGUCCUUCAGUAAAUGGAGUGUAUCCCUUUGGCUAUUUAUAAACUGAUAUUUGUCAUGCAUUUAUUAGUUUGUAAUCAAGGAGUUUAUCAAAAUACACAUUUCACAAACUUCUAAAAGAAAUCUCUAUUUAGGACUCUGUCUCACUACAAAAUGUGGAGCUGUCUGCCAGCAGUGAAAACUUGACAGAAAACAACAAAACCUCAAAGGUGAGCUGACUUUCUGCUCCGUCAUUAUUCUGCGUUAUUUUAAACCUGAAGCUGAACUUCCUCUCGGCUCUUUUCUCCUCAGGAAAAACUUAAUGUGUUUGGGGGACUUUUAAAGCGACCUCAUAAACCAGGACAUGCCCGGAGGGCUUCACAGGUGAAACAUGAGGAUCUGUUACACACCCAGCACACAGGGAUACUCUCUCUAAGCUGGAUGAUAAAAUGUUAGGUGUGAUGAGUCAUGUCAUUCAAAUGCUGAUGGAUAAUCUGUGUGUUUCAGGAUCUUUUGGACGUCGAGCUCACAGCCAGCAAUGAAAGCCUGUCUGACAAAGCAGCAACUAAAGUGAGUCUCAUCUGCCAAUUCAUGUUUCAUUAUUUCACUUACAAACAAAAGUACUGAAGCCGUGACCCUUACUUUGUGAAACUGAUGCGUUGUCGUAUGGUUUCCAGGAGAAAACAAACUUUUAUUUCUUCAGGAUUAAGAAGGAAAGGGAUAAAAAAUUUUAAGAGUAAUAAUGUUGAAGUUGUAAAUGUAAAAUUGUGGUAUUAUUUAAUCCACUGCAUGUGUGUGUGUAGAUAGUGACUCAUUGGAUGGUGUGUUUGUGAAGGGUGUGUUUUGUUUUCGUGGCUUGUUUGAAGCACAAGCUAAACCUGCAUGGGUCAGCAAUUUGAAAGCAGCACAGGCCGAUGUCUAAAGCACUAAAUCCCAGUCUGCCCAUCGAACCGCUGCAUCCGUUUAUAAAUCAGUGAUCUUCAAAUUGAACUUAUCUUCAUGUGCUUUUUAGGAAACAGGAGGCAAGUUCAGUGGGAUAUUUAAAAAAACACAUUUUGGAGCGAGAGCACAAUCUCAGGUGAGAGAUGAACCGCGCUGUGUUACAUGUCUCCUUUUGUGGCUGUAUUUUCAGAAAGGAUAGACUAAUAGAUGUAUUUUUUUUCUCACCUGCAGGAGGAUUUGUCAGCUACAAGUGAGCGCUCAGGCAGUACCGACAAUCUGUCUGUCAACAGCAACACUAAGGUGAGGUUUGUGCAAGCUAAGGGAGAUUUAGAUCCCAAUCCAAAAGACAGCAUUAAUGAAAAAUUUGAAAACAGACCAAACUUUCAAGAAGCAUCAUGUAAUAUUUCUCUUCCUUCCAGGAGUCAGGAGGGGUUUUCAGUGGCAUGUUCAAAAAGUCCCCAAAGCCGCCUGGCGCAAAGACACAAUCACAGGUAAGAGAUGCAAAAGUAACAUGUUUCUUUGUUACAUAAUUCGGAGAUGAUGAAAAUGAUAACUGGACAGAAUCAUGUGUUGCUUUGCCUUCAGGAGGAUCUGACUGCACCCAGUGAGCUCUCAGGCAGCACUGACAAUCUCUCUGUGAGCAGCAACACUAAGGUAAAGACUUUCACUGAGGGUUACUUCACUUUAUUCUUCACUACGAGUCGAGUUUUAAAAUACAUUUUCAUCUAACUCUCUUUCCCAGGAGACCGGCGGGGUCUUCAGCGGGAUGUUCAAGAAAUCCCCAAAGCCUUCUGCAAGAGCGCAAUCACAGGUAGGAGUUAUGGUGCCGCAGCUUCUACCACCUCCGCUCAAACCAAACUAUAGAUCAUUGUGACAGGAUUAACAUGAACCUGUUGACACUUGUUUCUCACCUUUAGGAAGAUUUGACAGCUCCCGGCGAGCGCUCCAGCAGCAGCAGUGACAAUCUCUCCGUCAACAGCAACACUAAGGUGAGGUUUGUGAAGCCAGGAAAUACUUUGCUUUAUUCCUCUGAUGGGAAACGUUAACAGCUGUUUUCUGUGACUUUCCUGUCAGGAGUCAGGAGGAGUGUUCAGCGGGAUGUUUAGAAAAUCACCAAAGCCUUUUGCCAGAGCUCAAUCUCAGGUGAAUACAGUGGAGUAAAAGAGCUCUUAAUUCAUCUUAUUAUGUUUAAUUAAGCCGUUAUGACCUUUUGUCGUUUGUUUUAUGCCCGCAGGAGGAUUUGUUGGCAGCCAAAGAGCUCUCAGGCAGUAAUGACAAUCUUACAGAGAACAAGGUGAGGUUUGCUAAAGUCUGCCAGCUCGGUCACAGAGCACCAUCAACCAUCACAGAGCUGUAAUUAAAUUUAUUUAAACAUUUCUCACUUUAUUUUCAGGAGAAAGGAGGAAUAUUUAGCGGUGUGUUCAAGAAAAAAGUUGCCAAAUCUCAGUCUCAGGUGAGAUGGUUAAGUUCUGUACCCAGCGAGUUGUGCGUCAUGUUUUGAUAUCUUUUUCUUUUUUUUAAAGUGUCUGAAAAUUUGAAAGUGACAUGUAGAUAAUUUCUUUAAUUUUUAAAGGACUGUGUGUAAAGAUGAUUUAGGGUGUCAGUUGGUUGAGAGUGCAGAGCAUAUUCAAAGAUACAGGAGCCGUGGUCCUUGAUGCAUUGGCUUCUGGUUCAGCUCCUGAGCUCUCCUUAGAUACAUAUUAACCCCUCACUCUUUUAUCCAAUAAAAACAAAAAGCUAAAAAAAAUCUCUUAACUGUAGCUAGUAGCAAGUGAUUCUUGAAGCCCCCAAAUUAUGACAUUUCAGACUCUUCCCCUUUAUUGAAAAAAGGAAACCACUAUGCACAACAACACCUGAAACAUAUUUGGAGAAUCUCUGACACUUUCAGAUGCAUCCUCUUUCAAAUAAUUCGCUUGUUUUUAGUCACCUGAGGUCAGAGGUUUACUCUGCACCUGUGCCUGCAGGAGUUAAAAUGUCCUCCCUGCUUGAGUCUUAAAUUGUGAUGGUUUGCUCUUUUUUAGGAUGAUUUAUCUGAAGAUAUUGAACUCACUGCCAGCAAUCCCGACAGUUUCUCAGAAAAGUCUUCAAAGGUGAGAGAUGGUCUUAAAAUCAACAGGUUCAUAAAUCCUUUCACUGCCUUAUCUCAGGUCAUUUUGAUUUUGCGUCAAAUACACGUCUUCUUCCGGCCAGCUUGUUGUGCUUGUGGUCAUAUUUUGAGUUGACAACAUCCUGAUGUUUGGAUAAUGUGUAUGAACAGAAUAGGCAAAAGGCCGACCAAUCAGGAGACUUGAGUGAGAACAGCUCCACUACAGAGAAGCCCAAAGCUAAGCAGGUGGGCCCUGUUGCUUUAAGAUAGUGGUUUUCUUAUAGUAGUAUGAGGAUCAGAUAUCAUCUCUGACUCUAAGUGCACAAUAACAGUGUUUUUGUAUCAUUUCAGAACGGAUUUAGUGCAAUGAUGAAGAGCACGUUCCACACUGACAGAAAGGUGAGGUGGUGUUUUGAACCGCAAAAGUCUGACCAUAUUAGAGGCCCAUUAAUUCAUAUACAGAUGAUUUUCUGUUGUUUCUCAUUUCAUGUACUUAUUUCAUGCCAAAUCUUGUCACCUGCAGGAGAAGGACUCUGACUCUGACAAGGAGGAGACGUCAGAAAACGGAGAGGGUCAACACAAGCAGGUUCGGGAGGGUUUUAAAUGUUUUAUUUUUUCAAGUUUGGUCAACCAGCAAAACGUAAAACCGGCAAAUUCAUUAUCCAUGUGUUUUUAUCUUUUUGCUUUCUUUUCAGAAUAAGUUUGCUGAGGCGAUGACAAAGCUGAAUCCAUUCCGAUAUGCAAACAAAGUAAGGACGGUUUAGACUCUGACUCUUCAUUAUUAAACAAAAAGACACAAAGUAGAGCUGUGAAGUUUUUUUUACUGAGGAGAGAUUCUUCUUUUUUCCUUCCAGCAUGAGAAAACGGUGGACUCUGAUGACGAGGAUGCACCUGAGAGUGGGGAGAAAUCAUCAGGCAACAAACAGGUGCUUUGGUUUCUCGUUCCUGUUUCACUGGCUUUAUUUUCAGCUAUCAUCAUUUUACUGGUUAUUAUAGUCCAGCAGAUGCCUCUACCUUUCAUUCAGCUGUUGUUCGGUCAGGUUUGUGCUCGGAGUCAGAGGUAUUUUUACCCAGAGGCUCAGUCUGCAGUCCAGCUUAUCGUGCUCAGACUUGUUUUGUUGACAUUUUCAGUCUUUCCAACCACAGGGAAACGUUUUCUUUGAUUUGCCAGCCUUGCAAAUAUACAUUUUUAGUUUAUUUUUUUUCGCGGAUGCACCUAACUAUCUUGUUUUAAGUCACACGAUCACUAUUAAUCACAACUGAAAACAAGAGGCUUGGUAAGUAUCAGCGUUGUAGUUUUGCUGCAGUGUUGUUGUGCGUCGGUUGGUCUGUGCAGCUCUCUAAGACUCUGCCCCGACUCUGAAGUUGGCCGCGUGAUUUCUAUGCUCGUCAUGUUGCCAGUUUCUGGUCCUGCUACAUUCUUGCUUGUUUGUGGGUGGGAAACCAUGACGACUCUGAGUUUGCUUUAUCCAAGCGUAUUAUGUUGGAGUUGGAGACGAUAAUCGUUGAGCAGCAAGUUGAUAAAACAGCAUUAAUUUUAAAGAAGCAAAAAUAGGAGACGUCAGAGGAGAUGUUAUGUAAGGCGCCCCGUGGACUGAUCACAGGGCUUAUGGUCUGCUUUGUUUUGACAUGUUACAUGUUGAGGAGGUGCAUCUAGUGCUAUGUGCAUUGCCUUCUAUGUAGGACUACUACAAAUUACAAUGUACGCUAUGUAGAUUUAACGCUUAAGUACCUCAAUAGUUGAGUUCAGCUAAUUGGACGAAGAGCGAAAUCUAGUGAUAGCAGGACCUUAAAAACAAGCUAAAUAAAAUGGUGUUACUCAAGCAUAUACGGAUACUAACUGGAGUUUGAAGAUUUGGAAAUGAAUAUAUUGUCAUUUUGAACUUAGGAGUACAAAGACAGAAUAACAGACUUGGCAGUGUGUUUUAAAAAUGAACUUGUUAGUGUUCAGUAGCAGAGACAGUUUAAAAUACCCUUAAACUUCAUUGAGUAUUUCUGAGUUGCGUCUUCUUGUUAAGUAUUAGAACUUUUUACUGCUCUUGUUUAGAAAUCAGCAAAACUGUUACCUGCAGACAAGGCAGAUAAUCAGAAAAUACUUCCGUAAAACUUAAAGAAAAAUGUCUUUUCCUUCAGAGCGCUGCAGCUGGAGGCAUGUCCAAACUGAAUCUAUUCCGCUCUGGGAUUAAAGUAACUACAUUAAUGAUUGUUUUUGGUGAUGGUCGUGGGGUCAUCCUGGUGGUGGGACUGUGGUAAUGGUGACAGUGGUGGUCUUUGGUUCAUUUUAAUGAGUAGUAGAGAUAUGUUGCACCUAUAAAGGACCAAGCCAGCGAACAAACACUUCAGGAAUAUGCUAAACAACAUUUGUAGGAUUUACCUCUCUGAGUAAGCACUGUCUGCCAGUAGAUUUGAUUUUGUUUGAUGAAGCUCAAUGAUCGAUGUCCUUGUUCAGAAAGACGCUGAAGACUCCGAAGAAAUGCUCAAGGAGAAGGAAAAUCAAGCGGGAGAGAAGCCGAAAACGGUCAGUCUAUUUUUUGCAUCUCUCAUGAGUCAUCAGUGACCACACACAGCUGAUCAACUUCUGUCUGAAAUACCCCCUCUGCUCACACUCCUCCUCUUACCCCACAUCCUCCUCAUCCCUUUACCUCCCUUUGAAUCCAGACUCCUUUCUCAAACCUCCCUGUCCCCCUGUUCUGGUGUACUUUUAAACUCUGUGUGUGUGUGUGUGUGUAUGUGUGUGUAUGUCCUUGACAGGUCAAAGGCAACAUGAUCCAGCGAGAGAGGAAGGAAAGAAGUGAAACUCCUCUAGUCCCUCCCAGACCAACUGAAGAGGUUUGCAAGCAGCUCAGCGCUCACAUUCAGUGACAUUCAGUGUUAGUGAGGCUGUUUUUCUUCAUUGUUUUGUUGUUUUUAAAGGUUAUAACAAUCUCUUCACAGGAGAUGAAGAGGACAUCCACCUAUGACAAGAUGAAAUCAAGAGGAACUGAUGACAAUCAGGUACAGUUUGUACUUCUUCUAACUGUAAUGAGAGGCGUGUGUUUCCCAGAUUUCUUCUUCCUCUGCGCUUUUAGACAUUUGAAGGUAUUUGUCACAUGCUAAUGGUUUCGUCAGCUGUCUUUGUGUAUUGAUAAGUAAGCAGGAAAUGUCACAGUAUCAUACUAUACUUGUAAAUUUCAUUCUUACCCAAAGAAAGAGACAGAGAGGUAUUGUUUCGUGUUACAUAUCCGUGUCAAACAAUGUCCUUUUUUGUCUCCGGCAGGGAAACAAGGACACGACUCCUGCAGUUGCUGCCAAACCAUCAGAGGAGGUACAUUUAGUCUUUCAGUGUUUAAGGAAUAAACAUUUGUGUUUGUGACAUGUAGGAGCUGAUGUGUUUUAGUGUGUAUCAGAGUCGUUUUAACAACUUUAGUGUUUAACGUGCAGCUCUGCUUUUACUGUAGGUGGUGAACAGAACAGUGAGACAGAAGCAGAAGAAAGAUAUUGAGGUACAAACACGAACACUGGAUCUUUGAUAUAUAUGUAGAGUUUUUUUUCGUACUUAUUGACUGUUUAUGUUGAAUGGAGAGGAAGUGAUGGGUGUUUGUGACAGUUUUUUUUAAAGAGGAACCCUGCCUUUUGCAACUACAUAGACCUCAUUCGAUGUGUUUUUCUAAUACGGCAGAUCUAAAAAAAAAUGUCACUUUAAAACAGUUUCAAGUUAUUUCUGCCACAAAAGAAAUGGUCUGUUACCAGGAAUAUUUGCUAAGAAUGAAAACUGUCAAUCACUCAAAUAUAACAGCCAAUCCUUUACGGCACAGGCACAUUUUUAAAGACGACAUCGAGACUAUAUUACUUUGCUAUUAAAUAUCAAAUUUGUAUUUGAUCUGUGACAUUUUUUGCAGAGUCAGUCGGAUGAUGAUAUCCUUAAUGAGGAGGGGAACUCUCAAGACAAGAAAGUAAGUUCACACUAUGAGUCAAAUUGUAUUAAGUACAACUGUAUAGUAUAUAUCUAGGAGUGAUUGGUAAGGAGGCUGAAGUUGCUGUAAGGAGACUUUCUGAUGAGUGUUUUCAGCUACAUUCAGGUGAAAAGAAACAGUGAGCAUUGUUGUAGGUGACCUUACCAACAUCUAACUGCCCUAGUUUCUGCUUCCUACUGAUCAGAUGUUUCACGCUACAGCUAUGCAAAUGACGUGCGCUACCACGAGACUAGUAUCAGUAUGAGAAGUAUGAGAGCUUGAGUUUAUUGUUGCGUUACUCAAGGUAACGAGCUUUUCCCCCUUAAGUAGCUUUUCUAAACCAUCUAUAUAAUGUUGUCAGGGCUUAACCUAAAACAUAAAUGAUUUCCAAACCGAACAUACUUUAUUUUUCAUAUCUUGUUUAUGGAAACCGUGCAUCACUGCUGGCAUGUUCCUUCAAAAUUCAGAUACCAGUUUAUAAUUUUACAUUUUCUUUAGGAUUUCUUCUGCAAUAGAAAAUGAAGACAUGCUGGUUUUAGCUGCAUCUCCCUCCUAUAGCUCAUUAAGGGCGCAAUAAGUGGAAUAUUAAAGACAGUAAAAACAUACUGACAUGUAUAGAUGGGCACGGUGCAUGGAUUUUUCUUUGCAGAGUUUGGUUUGUGGUUUACAUUUGUGCUGAUGCAAAUUGAUGUAAAGAAGUUCUCAUGAAGUUCCUCCAGUUAGUUUCUCAUGUCACGUAGCUCUUUGUCACUGUGCCAUCCUCUGUUGUUUUGUUUUACAGACCAAGGUGAAAAAACACAAGCGCCAUAACCCGUUUUUGGCGCGCGGUGCAGCCAAGGUAAACAUAGCAGAGAUGGUUUUUCUUUAGUUUGAAAUUCAAUAUAUAGAGACAUUGUUUUACACCCACUUCACCUGGUCAGAUGUGCUUUUCCUAAAUCAUUUCUUCCUACUUUUAACUCAUCUAAUUAUUUCACUGUUGGACUAACUCUUAAAUUAUGAUCUUCAGGCUCAGUCUGAUGAUGAAGGGCUGAAAGAAGAAGACAAUUCUUCAUCCAAGGAGGAGAAGAAAGAUGAGGAGGACAAGGAGAAAACAGAGGAGGUCUUUAAACUCGUUUCCGCUUUCUAAAGGAACAUUCCUGAAUUUGACCCACUUUUAUAAUCUUCUUUAAUCCUGAUUUAACUUUUUAGGCCAAGGUCAAGAAACCCAAGAGACAUAAUCCCUUCUUGACUCGGAUCAAGGUAAAAAACCAUGCUACAUGUACACACUGAUCAUAACUUUGAAAACGUCACUGCCCAAAUGUCUUCAAACACGUCAGCCGGAAACAUUUCUUCUUCAGAUAAUGUUGAUGUUCAGGUUGAAUCAUCUGGAACUUUUCCUCCUAUCAUCAGUCAAAUCCUUUUUUAAGAUUCAGUCAGUGAACUCUCACUCUGUUUCACUGACAGGCCUGAUUGUUGUUAAACUGGAGAAACAGGAAUUUGAAUAGACUAAUCUGGGCCCACAUCACAUUACACCUUCAUGGUGCUUAAGUACUCAACACCACAGUCACCCUUUCCAGGCAUCCAGUACCCAUGAUGUUGUUCUCAUGAUACUCGUUUAUCAUUAAAUAUUAAAGUCAAAGUUUCGCACAAGUCUGAGCUGUCAGAUCAGUGUAUUUGCUAUAAUUGGAUAAAGUUAAAGAUACAGAAAGAGACACGGAUCUGUAUCUUAGUCAGCGUCAAAUAUAAGAGUUCCCACACAUCUUGGAAAACAGUGUGAAUAUUUUUAGGUUUGGUCAAAAAAUCUUUGAUACAAAAUUGGUUAUACACCUCAUAAUUUAUCAACUCUUCAGAUUUUUAACAACAGCUAUUGUGUUUCUGAAGUUUCACUGAGUCACGACGAAGGUAAUCUGAAACGAUUGUAAUCUCACCUUCUUUGUUAUCGUCACCAGGCUGCGUCUGAUGAUGAAGGGCUGAAAAGUGAGGAAGACAAUGCUUCAUCCAAAGAGGAUAACAAAGAUAAGGAGGGCAAAGAAAUAACAGAGGUAGUCUUUAUUCAGUUUUUCAUAAUUAUGUGUUUGUUUCACUGUCAUUACUACCAAAAGAUCCAAUAUUUGACCUCUUUUUUUGCGCCAGUAACACUAUUUUUUUUUUCUACAGCCCAAAGCGAGGAGACCAAAGAAGCACAAUCCGUUCUUGCCUCAGGUUAAGGUAAAAAUAAACGUGUAUUUCCACGUUUGAAAAUGACAACAGACUGUUAUGAUACACAGUGGCUUCUGAUAGUGCAGCAGCAGUAGACUUAAUAGUCUCAAAACAUCUCUGAAAAAAAACGUUUUCUUCUCUGAGCUUUAAAGAAUCCCACAAAAACACGAGAAAGGCUGAAAGCUGAAUUUAUUAGUAACAGGUGUACAAAGGGAUAAGGUGAGAUGAGACUUUGGUUGACUUUAUAAACCUCCACAGAUCCUUAUUAAGAAGCCUCCGAUCCAAAGUCUCCCAUGGGUGUUAAUUUAGGUUGAGAUUUUGUUACCUUAAGGUUCAGGUCAGCUGGCUUCUGUUACCUGCUUCUGUCGUGUUUCUCUGCUGCAUUGUUUGGAUGUUUUAGUCAUCACCUUUCUUCAUCUCUUAAAAAUAUGUAGUCUAACUGUGUUAUCUUGGCAUAGAUGGAAAGUUAGCAUAACUUGAGUUCCAAACACGUUCAAGAGUAAAGGACAGGCUGAUAACUAAAAAGAAAUAUUUGUUCUACAUUUAUACUCACCAGAUUUCCUUUGUUUUGAUCUGUAACUAGUUUCUUCUCUGAUGGCAAAAGUUCAUGAAUAAAGCUGUUUGAACUGAGUUUGUGUUUUCUGGUUUCAGGGCAAAGCUGUACAGAGGCAAGCUCAGGAUGGAGCUGGAAACUCAGCAGAGGUAAAGAAAUAAAACACCCAUUAUUUCUUUUCCAUAAAGGAGAUUAAAAACUAGACAAACUAAAGAAAUAUAGACCCUCCUCCCUUUUGUUGGUCAGUGUCUGUGUGUUUGACCACCAAACAAACCUGUGACAUUCUUGCUCAUUGUGGUCCAGUGUUGCAAAACAUCUAUUGCAGCCACACAACCUGCCCCUGAAAACAGCCUCUUGCUUUUGUUUGUCUCCUGGGCGUCCUCUCAGCUCCCAACAGAGGUUAUUAUAGUCAGCAUGUGUUUUUUUCCCCCUGCACUCUGGACAUGAAACCCACCCCCUCACCCCUCCACUCCACACCAUCGUGUUGGAACAUGCCCUUAACAUGGAAGAUGAGAUCAGUCUGGGUUGCAAUGUGCCCAGACGAGUUUCUCUGCUUCCUUUUGAAACAUGAUUAGGGAAGGUUUGGGCUUUUGUACUUCUGCAAAAACAGCAGAAAUACGGCAGUACGUUCAGAAUCUUUUUGACCAUGACUUCCUCCUCUUUGUCUGAAUGUAUCCAGUGUAAAAAAAAAAAGUGAAACUAAAGAUACCUGACGCUUGCUUUGACUCAGUUUCUCAGCCUCUUCAUCCUAUAACAUGUGCACUGUACUGUAGUAGUCAUCCAUACUCAUUGUCUGUAAAUCUUCGCCUUGUCCUUUUAUGAAUUUUAAGUGAUGUUAUUUGUCUUAUUUCAGAAUGAAGGAGGAAACAGAUCCUUGUUUGACCAGCUGGAGGACUACCGCAUUGAUGGAAGGCAACCUGAAGACAGACAGGUCGGUUUCUUCUGUAAAAACAUUAAAGUUUUCAGAGUCUAACUGUUUCCAUUAUCAUGCAAACUCAUAUAAAUGUGUGUUUUCCAGGAUGUGGAGGAUCUCAUGGAGUGGUGGAACACAGUGGAGGGUAAAUGUUGAUCCUUUUUGUCUCUCUUUAUACUGAGACCAGUUCCUCCCUGAACCAGAAAUAAGCAGACACCUCAGUUUGUAUCACUUCUUGUUUUAUCUUCAAUCUUUGGGCCCAUGAGCUCAAGCUACAAGGAUCUUAAAGCUGCAGUAUGUGAUGACAUUAAUGUGUAACAUAACUGCAAGAGCUGAAGGGAGGGCCUGUCAGGGUCUGACACACGAAGGCAGAUACUAUAAGAUCAGUAAUAUCAUCACUACAUGGUUAAUCUUCUUUAAAUACAUGGUUAUGACCUAGUGGGAGAGAAAUCUAUUAAAAAGGAGCCCCUUUGGACUAGUCCUUGGUCUCUAGCUCCUUCAAGCUCCAUACUGGAUAAAAUAAAGUAACACAAUAACAAUCUCGUCUCUGCAUCUCAUCCUGGUGUAAUGCUCAUACCACUUUAUAAAGCACAGCUCACUUUUUAGAGGAAAAACACAGUGUUAAAGUGUUUUUUGUUUCCUGAAUUGUAUCUUAACUGUGCACUAGCGUUCUUGAAUCUGGUUAAAACUGUGAUGACAGAGGAAUUAAGACUAUUUAACUAUUACCACUUUCCCACAAAUGUUUGUUUGUGUGAAGCGAUCUACAUCAUCUCAUCUUUUACCUUUCAGCUUGGGAGGAGACACCUCAAGAUGAUGACAUGACUGAAAAGGAAGAGGCCAAGUGAGUAAAGUCUCAAAUAGACAUGAUGAAGUUUUUGUACAGAUACCUCUAAAAUGACUUCCUUGAAGAAAAGAGUUUCAUUUUUCCUGCUUGAAACAUUGAAGAAUGUAGACAUGAAAUAUUUCCUAGAGUUGUGAGACAGUUCACAGAUUGUAAAAGUUUUUUCGGUGUUUUAUUAGAAGGAAAAAAACUAAAUUUAUGUUGUAUGAUGUUCACUCUCCUUCCAGGGCGUUUGCUGUGACGGCUGACAAAGUGCAGAAAGGCAUCCGUGUCUUCAACAAACUCUUCUCAGAACGCGCUGAGACCCUUUGGCAGCACGUCAUCGACCUCAACGGCAUCGCAGAUGGCCUGGACAAGUUCAGCAAGAACACAAAGAUCGCUCAGAUCACCGGCGGUUCCACCAGCGCCAUCGGAGGCGUAGCCACCAUCGCUGGCCUUGCUCUGGCUCCCGUCACCAUGGGAACCUCUUUGAUUGUCACUGCAGUGGGAUUGGGUGUGGCAACGGCGGGGGGUCUGACAUCUGCAGGUGCGGGCAUCUCCAACCAGGUCAACAACUCUAUGGACCGAAAGAAGGUGGAGAAGAUUGUGCAGGACUAUCAGGAGAAGAUCACCGACCUCAACAAGUGCCUGAAGUUCAUCAAGCAGGGUAUCGAGAACCUGAAGAGGUUUGACCUGAUGAAGAUGAAGAAACACGCCUAUAACCGUGACUUCCCCGUGCUCAGUGCUAGCUUCUAUGAGGACGGCGCCAUGGCGGGGAAAGCCAUCCUCAUCAAUGCUAAUGAGAUCAUGCGUGUGGUGCAGAUCGCCAAUGUGGCAGGCAGUACAGCGGCCAGAGCGGUCCAGAUUGCCAGCAUGGCCACUGGUGUCCUCACUGGACUCUUUGUAGGCAUGGAUAUCUAUUUCGUGGCCAAAGACUCCAAAGAACUCAAGAAAGGGGCCAAGUCAGAGUUCGCUGCCAAAAUCAGGGAGGUGGCUACACAGCUGCAUGACGGUCUGGUGGAGCUGAACUCUAUCAGAGAUGAGCUGCAAGCCACCCAACCAGAAGACAACCCUGAGAACAACGCAGCUCCUGAGGACACUGAAAACAAAGACAAGGGAUUCAAAUAUGAGGAUGAAGAGGAGGAAGACGAGAUUGACCGCAUUAAAAAAGCCAUAAAAGCAGAUUAUGAGAAGCGAGAAUAUGUCUGA